AGCCACCUAGUUGCGAACGCGGCCACUGUGGGGCAGCACUGCGCAGGUGACGCAAGCGCGCUGGCUCGGCUGGUCUGUCAGUCAGUGACCAACAACAAGAGGGUACGGAUCGAGACGUUGAUGUAGGAUUGCCGAUGGGAGAGGCGGAACCGGGCAGUAACGCGGCUGAAGGAUCCGCGGCGGACGGCGACAGCGCCGGCAGCAGCGGCGAAGGGAGCGUCGGCGGUAGCAGCGGGGGCGGCGGGGGCGAGCAGCCGAUGGACCUGAGCGUGGGCGGCGCGCGGCGGCGCUGCGGCCGGGAGGUGCCGGCGCUGAUCCCGUUGGCGCUGGUGCGGCGCGUACAGCGCCAGCAGAGGCAGCUGGCCGCCGCCGCCGGCGACCCGCGCGCGCUGCUCUACACCCAGCUGUUGCACCACUUCCACGCGCAGGAAAUGCUGCGCAGGCAGUUCGCCCUCCAGGCAGCGCGAAUGUUGCAGACGGCGCAGGAGCCAUCGAGCGCGAUUCACGGAGGAGCAGAUGCGGCGAUGGCACCCGAUGCGGCGGACAAGUGCGCCGCGGAGUCAGAGGCGCGCCGGCGAAGGCGGCCGCUUACGGGGAAGCACGUGCGCCAGGGAACAGGCGCCAGUCCCGCUACGCUGCUCACUCUGCGCAGGAAGAUAGAGGCUCGCCAGCGGCGACACGCGCUGCCCGCUGCCAGCGUGCUCUGACGGGGAACCGCGUGCGCCAGGCCAUUGGCGCCAGCCGGCCAAAGCUGCAUUGGACGUCGAAGUUCACCAGUGGUGGCGCCUGCCCUGCCGCCACUGCCUGAGUGUCAGCGUCGCAGUUACGCUUCAGACUGUCAUUGUGCAGAACUAUUUUUCAAUUUACUUUAUAUGUGUACGUAUAUUUAUUUAUUUAUUCCAGUGAAACUGCAGGUGACUGUAAUUUAUGUUGUAACGUAUAAGUGUGUGAGCGACUUUAACGUGUACCGGUACUGCAUUCUUGUCAUUUUCUGCAAUGUCUGUUAUGUACAUCUCUUAAAACGCACGUUGUCAAACCAGAGACUACAUUUACAUUUUUACAAAAUAAUAAAAGCUAGAUAAUAUUUAUACAUGUCGAAUCAGUACCUGUACGAUGCAAACUUCAGUAUUUUAUUACUUAUCUACAUACAACAUUUCUGUGGUUAUCUUUCAAAGCGCUUAUGACUCAUUCAGAGACUGCAAAAAAUUUUCUAUAAAAUAAUAAAAAUGAUGAAAUUCUUGUACGUUUGUCCUCUCACAAAAAUUUUCCUGUAAAAUGAAUCAGCAGACAUCAUUUUAUUUCACAAUUCAGCACCACAUAACGAGCAGUCUCCACUAUGCCAGUAUUUUUUAAGAGACUAAUUAUUUUAUCAAAAAUCUAUUAAUAAGGAGCGUAAAGAUGUUUAAAUAUAAAAGUUUAAAUUUGA